GUAUGACAUCAUCGACUCCGUUGAGAAGGACAUGGACUCUAUAAACCUAACGUAUUUGAGGGACGGCGGUGACAACCCUCGGCGGCACAUGGACACUGACGACAUGGCCGAUGCAGAUGGAGAGACAGAGGGGGUGAGCGAUGACCCAGGCGGCGGAAGCAGAGCUGCAUCCGGUGGCUCACGAUCGACAACUUUUGAACCCACGCUCGGAAAGAGGAAAAGAGGGAUUUCCAAUGCGCGUGAGGCUAGCGUGCAAGCCGUGACAAGCGCAAUGCGUGACCACACGACUGCGCUCACACAAUCCGAUCGAGAGUGUGCGAAGAUGCGAUGUGACACCACGCAUGAUGUGGCAAAGCAACAGGCUGAACUGGCUACACAACUAAUGCAGCAGGACGUAGCUGGGCGUGAGAGGGUGGCCACCAUUGUCGGGGAUAGGGUCGAGAGUGGAUACAACCGCCUGGCAGAUGCCAUUCUCAUGAUGGGAUCCCGAAGGAGGAGUCGUUCAUCUAAUGAUCCCCGUUCCACUACUUACUGAAUUGAAUCGAAUUGAAUUGAAUUGAAUUGAAUUGAUUGAAAGAGAGAGAGAGAGAGAGAGAGAGAGAGAGAGAGAGAGAGAGAGAGAGAGAGAGAGAGAGAGAGAGAGAGGGAGAGAGAGAGAGAGAGAGGUAACGCCAUGCACUAGCUUGUACUUACGGAUCAGUCACUAAGAAGAGGACCUUGGUGGGCCUCCUGAACGUUGGUGCAAAAGUUCAUCUAUCUAUCUAUCGAUCUAUGUAUAUCCAUGGAGGAUAAGUCAUUGAGGGAUGUGUGAAUAUUCCUAAUCUGGUUUGAGGUUUAGUGGCUAUGGACUAAGCAAGAUACUGGAGUGUUUUAACUGGACAGCCAGUAUAUUCUUUCCUAUUAUGGAAAGUAAUCAAUGUUAGCACCUGAAUGUGUAAGCAAUGGAAGCUGUGCUUCGUUUAUGUUGGGUUCCCAGCCAGGAUUGUCAGCAGUGGGAGGUGGUCCCCGCCAGUAGACCUGGACCCUCACCCUGUCGGGUAGACCUGAAAUGCAGGGGGUCUUCCCAUUGGGAGUCAGACUUCGGUCCUCCUUCUGCGCUUAUAAUGAAAAGAUUAUAUUCAG